AUGGAGGCCUUCACCUUUGCCAUAUCCACGGAUGUGGAUAUUCCUAUUCAUGUCAAAAUUGUUUCGUUGGAGGGAAAACAGAAAAAGAUCCUGGAUUCAGUCCUCGACGAGAACCCCGAACUGCAGUUUAUCGCUUCCAAUCAAGACCCUGCCUCCGACUUGUACGCAACCGUUCAGUUAUGGUCCGACUCAAAGCCUAUGGGUGUGCCAAUGCAGACCAAAUACAAGUCCUUCAAAGCCCAGCGAGUAUGGAAUGAAUGGUUAAAGAUGCCCAUGUCCAUUAAGGAUGCCCAACGUAACUCUCAGCUUGCGAUAACGCUAUGGGAUCUAUCGCCAUUAGCCACCAAUGGUAUACGCCAUGUUCCAUUUGGUGGUACCACGAUCUCAUUGUUUGAUAAAGACGGAAAGCUGAAAAUGGGAAAACAAAAGUGCAAGAUGUAUCUUCGACGGGAAGCAGACGGCGAUGCCUUUACAUCUACCCCGUCCGUUCCAGUGCCUAAACGCCGAACAAUGCGAGCUCGCGACCCGUCCGAGCCGUCAGCCGAAGAAAAAGAACUAGAACGAGUUGAAGUCCUGAUCAAGAAACAUGAAAUGGGUGAAAUCCCACGUGUUGACUGGAUGGAUCAACUGCUUUUCCGUGAGCUGGAGAAGCUGAAGCUCAAUGCGGAGAAUGCAGCUCGAAACAGAGCUCUUGAACUAGAUGCUCUUACGAACAAGGACUUGAAAAAACACCACAUAGACGAUGAUUCUGACGAGGAAAAUCCAGAUGAUGAACAUUUCGAUGUUUACGUUGAGUUCCCACGAUUUGAUCAUCCGAUCGUUUGGGCUGAUCAUGAGUACCCGCCUCCGCCAAUCUCAACUUAUCCUCAGAACGGGCCUUCCCAUCCUAAUUCAGCUCUCAAGCCGGUCCCGGAGGUCCACUUCGGACCAGGCAUUCAACGUGCUGACCCCUACAGUGUUAUUCGAAUCUAUGAUCCGGAAUGUGGUCAAGUCGCCAAUCCCUGCGAGGACAAACAUCGUCGUCUUAUCCGUAGUCAUCGUACGGGCAUCUUGGAUCGAGACCUGAAGCCGAAUCCUAAGAUUAGGGAUGAUCUCAGCAUGAUAAUCUCUUAUGAGCCGACGCAGGAGCUUACUGCCGAGGAAAAGGAUCUUGUGUGGAGAUUCCGGUACCAUUUGACGCGUGAGAAGAAGGCCUUAACCAAAUUUGUCAAGUCGGUCAACUGGAGGGAUGUUGGGGAAUCGCGCCAAGCCAUCGAAAUUCUUCCGAAGUGGACCGAAAUCGAUGUUGAUGAUGCUCUGGAGAUUCUUGGGCCUACCUUUGAUCAUCCGGACGUUCGAUCAUAUGCUGUUGAAACGCUUCGAAAAGCCGAUGAUGAAGAGCUACUUCUUUAUCUGCUUCAGCUGGUCCAGGCUUUGAAGUAUGAGGAAUCUCCCGAAUAUAAAGCUGAUGAUGCUGCCCACGACUUCUCACUUGCCAAUUUCUUAAUUUCGCGAGCGGCAAAUAACUUCAAACUUGGUAACUAUUUGUUCUGGUAUCUCACAGUGGAGAUUGAUGAUGCCGGCUCAAAUAUUCUUCCCGCUCAACGACAGCUGUUUGUACGGGUUGCAUACUACUUCAUGGCUGAGCUAGAGCGAGUUCACCCUGAGCACAAAAAGACACUACUGCGUCAAGCGGAAAUGGUGACUGUCCUUUCAAAGGUCGCCAAAGAUGUCCGGCUCUCACGAGAAAACAGACCUGUCAAGAUCGACAUGUUGAAAAAGUACAUCCGUGAUCCUGAAAAUGAUUUGAUAACUAUCGAUCCUCCACUGCCGUUACCUUUGAAUCCCGAGGUUUCGGUUGUUGGGUGCUACCCUGAGGAAUCCAACGUCUUCAAGUCCACGCUUUCCCCUUUGCUCAUGACGUUCAAAACUUCGGAUGGUCUUCGUUAUCCCAUGCUCUUCAAAGUUGGUGAUGACCUUCGCCAAGAUCAAUUGGUCAUCCAGAUUAUUAUUUUGAUGGACCGUCUUCUGCAGAAAGAAAACCUCGAUCUGAAGCUGACACCUUACCGCAUUCUUGCCACCAACCCGACAGCCGGUGCGGUGCAAUUCAUUCCCUCGAUUUCUCUCUCUGCGGCAUCCUCCAAGUACAAAUCUAUUCUCGCCUACUUGAAGAUCAACAACCCAGAUGAAAAUGAGCCCCUUGGUGUUCGCAAAGAGACGAUGGACACAUAUAUAAAAUCAUGUGCCGGAUACUGUGUCAUAACGUAUCUGCUUGGCGUUGGCGACCGUCAUCUGGAAAAUUUGCUCCUUGCUCCGGACGGCCAUUUCUUCCACGCCGACUUUGGUUUCAUUCUCGGUCGUGACCCCAAGCCUUUCGCGCCUAUGAUGAAACUGUGCAAAGAAAUGGUCGAAGGCAUGGGUGGUACAUCCUCGCCUCACUACCUGCAGUUCAAACAGUACUGCUACACCGCUUACACUACUCUUCGUAAAUCCGCCAACCUCAUCCUUAACUUGUUCAGUUUGAUGGUCGAUGCCAACAUCCCCGAUAUCCGAGUUGAGCCCGACAAGGCCGUCCUGAAAGUCAAGGAACGUUUCCACCUCGAGAUGACCGAGGAAGAGGCGAUCCGUCACUUUGAACAACUCAUUGCCGACAGCGUGAACGCUAUCUUCGGCGUUGUCAUUGAUCGCCUACAUGACUUCGUGCAGGGUUGGCGGGCCUAG